AUGAAGUUAUACUCCCACUUCAGUCCCAGUACAGACAGUACUGGCCAUGUAGCAGCAACACAGCAUGAACAUGAUCUUGUACAAACUGAUGUCCAAGGAACAUCUUUGGAACUGCUAUCAGCAGCAGCUGAAAUCAAGAGGCUACAACAACAAGUUCAUCAGUCUGAAGUCUUAUUCAAUGAAUACAGAGUGUGGUAUGAACAACAUGAAGCUACAUUGGGAAAUCCUGUAAGUGAUGACAAACCCAAACCACUGACUGUUCAGGAGAUUUUAAAGGAGGAAUCACAGAUUCAAGGAUUAUUUGAAUAUUAUACAGGAUUCAAAUUCUCAACAUUCCAGGCCCUACUUGACUUUCUCACUAUUCAGGCCCCACAACACCAUAAUAACAGGAAAGACAUAGUUAACAUGGAGUGCGAGGAUAAACUGUUGUUAACAUUGAUGAGACUGCGACACAAUUUUGGUCUUAAAGAUCAGGCUUUUAGAUUUGCUAUCUCCACGCAAGCAGUGAUUUGCAGAACAGGAUGCAAACCUCUGGCAUACCGUGAAACGUUGUAA